UGAGUUCUUUUGGCUUUCAAUAAACUCAUUUGGAGGUCAUCCGUUUACUUUUCUGGUGCAGGAAACUCACUCCAAAAUGUUACGUCUAGCCACUCGAGUUCCCGGGGUUGUUGGUGCACUAAGGAGAUAUUGCCACCAUGGAGCACCCACAACUAAGAUGUUCAUCAACGGAGAGUUUGUUGAAUCCAAGGCUACAGAAUGGAUUGAUGUACACAACCCGGCCACCAAUGAAGUGGUAACCCGCGUUCCCAAGUGCACUCAAGACGAGAUGGAAUCAGCAGUCGCUGCAGCAUCGGCAGCCUUCCCUGCAUGGAGCGAAACAACUAUCAUGACACGUCAACAAAUCAUGUUCAAAUACCAGCACCUCAUCAAAGAAAACCUGGGUGAAAUUGCCAAGUCAAUCACAUUAGAACAAGGCAAGACAUUAAUCGACGCUGAGGGAGAUGUCAUGAGAGGACUGCAGGUUGUUGAGCACACAUGUAACAUCACAUCCCUUCAGCUGGGUGAGUCACUGCCGAGUAUUGCUAAGGACAUGGACACUUACACCAUGAGAGUGCCCCUUGGAGUCUGUGCAGGAAUCACACCAUUCAACUUUCCCGCCAUGAUCCCACUAUGGAUGUUCCCAGUUGCUGCAGUGUGUGGUAACACGUACGUCAUCAAGCCAUCUGAGAGGGAUCCAGGAGCGUGUAUGAUCCUUGUAGACUUAGCUAAACAAGCUGGUAUCCCAGAUGGUGUCAUCAAUGUCAUCCACGGCCAGCAUGAUGCUGUGAACUUCAUCUGUGAUCAUCCUGCCAUCCGAGCCAUCUCCUUUGUGGGCUCAGACCAGGCCGGUAUCUACAUCCAUGACAGGGGCAGCAAGAAUGGCAAGAGGGUACAGGCCAACAUGGGGGCCAAGAACCACGGUGUCAUCAUGCCAGAUGCCAACAAGGAAAACACCCUCAACCAGCUUUGCGGAGCAGCCUUUGGUGCAGCAGGCCAGCGAUGCAUGGCUCUCUCAACAGCCGUCUUCGUCGGAGAGGCAAAGGAAUGGAUUCCUGAUCUUGUGGAAAGAGCCAAGAAUCUGAAAGUCAAUGCAGGUGACCAGCCAGGCACCGACUUGGGCCCAGUUAUCUCACCAGCAGCUAAGGAUCGCAUCCUUGACCUGGUACAGUCUGGAGUGGAUGAGGGAGCAUCUCUGCUCCUGGAUGGACGCAAAGUCACUGUACCCGGCUAUGAGAACGGAAACUUUGUUGGGCCAACUCUCCUGUCAGAUGUUGAGACAAGCAUGAAAUGUUACAAGGAGGAGAUCUUUGGGCCUGUGUUGCUGGUCCUCACCGUGGACACUAUUGAUGAGGCCAUUGAGCUGAUCAAUAAGAACAUCUAUGGUAAUGGUACUGCUAUCUUCACCACCAAUGGUGCCACCGCCAGACAGUAUACAGAGAGGAUCGACGUCGGUCAGAUCGGUGUCAAUGUUCCCAUCCCAGUACCCCUUCCCAUGUUCUCAUUCACUGGCUCCCGUGGCUCAUUCCGUGGAGACACCAACUUCUACGGCAAGCAAGGAAUCCAAUUCUGCACCCAGAUCAAGACGAUAACCCAACUGUGGAAGGGUGAGGAUGUAUCCCACACCAAGGCAGCCGUGGCCAUGCCAGUUAUGAAGUAGACAGGUACCCACCCAAGGAACUGAUGAAUUAAACAUUAAGGACAUUUACAUGCUAAACAAUGUGACUCAAACUUUAGGACCAAACAUCUGGGGAAAAAAUACAACAAGUUGACUACAAUACUCUGGCUGGAAUACAACACCAGAUAAACCUGAACAGUUUCUUCACAAUAAAUAUUGUACAUGAAUUCUAAAAGUUUUAUAAGAAAGAUAUAGAACUGCAUAGAAUAGUGUACAAAUAAAUGAUAUAUUUUAGAUACACAUAAGAAACAUACGUUAUUUCAGCAAUCGUAAAACUCUUAUUCCAGAGAGUUAUUUUAAAGCCUAAAAUGUACCAUAAGUUUGCAAAGAAGUUUUGACAUUGAUGUAAAACUUUGAUCCUGCCAAUUGUCGAUGGACUAAGAUUCUUUAUUUGACCAGGCUUGGUUCCAUCAAGGAGAUCGUCUCUUAAUGGAAAGUAUUUUGUAAUGAGUGAUCGGUCUUCUCUGUCUGGAGUUAGUUUGUUUUGACCCCUUGAGGUCACAGACCCAGAUUAUGUCGAGUGCUUAAGAAUGUUGUUUUAGUAGAGAGUAAGCAUUCAUUAUGAAUUUGAAAAGCAUGAUAUUGAUAGGCUAUAAUGAGACGUCGCCAGCUUUGGUUUAUAGCUACAUAAUGUGUAAUCGGGUUGGUGUAGUGGUAUCUUUCCUCUCCUUCCACCUCUAGGGCCCAUGUUCGAAUCCUGCCGGGGGCACUAUGUGGAUUAGGUUUUCAGUCCCUGCCUGACGGCAUGGGGUUUACCCUGGAAUAAUUCUCUGGGCUUUUCCUCCCACAUCGAAAACUAAAACUUCCUUUUGUUAGAGUCGUUGGCUUCACAACUAGAAUAAUUUAAAUGAAAAAAUAUAUAUGAUACUGUUUAUUUUGUGUUGGUGUUACCUGAAGUAUAAACCUUAGUUGUGGUUGCAGCCAUGUUUUCCUCACAACACAAUCAUCUGAGUUAGGCAGAAUGUAUGAGAAUUUGAAAUAUUACUAUUUUAAAUGAAGGGAAACUAUGGCCAUUGCUUGAUGCAGGUUAUUACAAAGGCAGCGAGAUGAUUUGGGGAGGGCUAAAGAGAAGAAAAGCAUUAUUUAAAAGAAAAAUUAUUAUAUGUAAUUUUUUUCUUUUGGUCCUAUCGUAAGGGUAAACAAAAUAAAACAAAUCUUCAAUAGUCGAGCAAGUGUAGAAGUACUUCCUUACGUAAUUGUUUUUUUGAACGAGCAUGUGAAAGUGAAAGAUGUGUUUUAAAAAUCACCCUGAGAUCAUUUUGAUGAUCAAAUUAAUUAUUAUGAUUAUAAUCAUACUAUGUUUUACUGCUUUGAAAUAAAUUUACAUCUUAUAUGUUGCCAA